UGGUAGCUGUGCACCUUAGCGUAUACAGCUGGCUAUUUACAGACGUGACAGGAUCAUUGUAUUUGCAUAUGUGAACUCUGCCGGUUUUACACUUUGACUCGAUCAUUUAGCCUAUCGUUUGUGCGCACGGAAACACUGGAAGUAUCAAAAUAAUGGCAAUCCUGAAUCAUUUUGCGACAGCAUGCUGGAAGAAUAUGCAAGGCUAUCGGCUAAAUAAGCAGUUGUUCGUCGUUUUACGCGCUUUGCACAAGUCAACAGCAAGCGAGGAAUUUGGGAUCCCCGCGGCUGGAGAAAAGGCCAUGCCUGAAAGAUUGAUCACACCGGCAGAUGUCGGCAAGAAAACCAGAAUCAAGACCCUGAAGGAGAUGCCAGGACCCAGCGCCCUAUCCAACUUAAUCGAGUUCUUCUGGAGAGACGGGUUUAGUAGAGUUCAUGAAAUUCAGAUGGAGCACAGGAAGAAGUAUGGCAAAAUAUUCAAAUCCCGUUUUGGACCCCAGCUGGUGGUCUCAGUGGCGGACCGUGACCUGGUGGCUGAGGUGCUGAGGGCCGAGGGCGUGGCCCCUCAAAGAGCUAACAUGGAGUCCUGGAAGGAGUACAGAGACAUGAGAGGCCGUUCCACUGGCCUCAUCUCAGCUGAGGGAGAAGAUUGGCUAAAGAUGCGGAGCGUGCUCAGGCAGCUGGUCAUGCGUCCCCGUGAUGUAGCAGUCUUCUCUGAUGAUGUGAACCAAGUGGUAGAUGACCUCAUCAAGAGAGUUGCUAUUCUGCGCUCCCAGGAGUCUGACGGAGCAACUGUUCUCAACGUGAAUGACCUCUUCUUCAAAUAUGCCAUGGAAGGUGUGGCAGUCAUUUUGUACGAGUCCCGACUAGGCUGUUUGGAAAAUGAGAUUCCCCAGGAAACCCAAGACUACAUCGGUGCUCUGCACCUCAUGUUCAGCUCCUUCAAGACAACCAUGUAUGCCGGAGCGAUCCCCAAGUGGCUCCGACCGGUCAUCCCCAAACCAUGGGAGGAGUUCUGUUUCUCCUGGGAUGGCCUCUUCAAAUUCAGCAGUAUUCAUGUUGACAAGAGGCUUGCAGAGAUUAAGGCCCAACUUGAGAGGGGAGAGGAGGUGAAGGGGGGACUGCUCACACACAUGCUCAUUACCAAGGAGAUGAGCACUGAGGAGAUCUAUGCCAAUUUUACGGAGAUGCUACUGGCUGGGGUCGACACGACAUCCUUUACUCUUUCAUGGGCCUGCUACCUGUUAGCGCGGCACCCUCAAAUACAGCAGCAAAUCUUUACGGAAGUGACGGAGACCCUGGGACCUGGAGCAGUCGCCACAGCAGACGAUGUCCCUCGUCUUCCUCUCAUCAGAGGGCUGGUCAAAGAGACACUCAGGUUUUUUCCAGUUCUCCCAGGCAACGGACGGAUAACCCAGGAUGACUUGGUGGUGGGCGGAUACUUAAUCCCCAAAGGGACUCAGUUGGCCCUUUGUCACUACUCCACAUCUUUUGAUGAAGAGAACUUUGGUGAUGCGUCAGACUUCAGACCUGAUCGCUGGAUACGAAAAGAUUCCACAGAUCGUGUCGACAACUUUGGCUCGAUUCCCUUUGGCUACGGCAUCAGGAGCUGCAUCGGCAAGAGAAUAGCAGAGUUAGAGAUGCAUCUAGCUCUCACAAGGCUCAUUCAAAAGUUCCACAUUGGCGUGUCUCCGCUUACUACUGAUGUCAAGGCCAAAACCCACGGCCUGCUCUGCCCUGCUGCCCCCAUCCACCUGCAGUUCAUCGACAGGGAAAACUAGACUCAGACUCCUCUCCAUAAGGUCUACUGUACUUUGUUUUUAAAGUGCUGAUUCGUGUGUCUUACCUCCUCCCGUUCAUUAGUGAGGAGGACACGAAAUUAGUAUGGGACCAGUAAAGAUAGAUUCAUACUAAUGUGCAUACAUGUGUGUUAUAAUGUGUGCACACACAUUAAUACAUAAUCACACUGUUUCCUCUUAAGAAAAAACUGUUUAGAAUAUUUUUUAAUUUUAACUAAUUCUAGGAAAAAUGCUUUUAGCUUUUUUUAUAUGAAGGGAAUUUGAUCAUCCUGUGAGAUAGAACUAAAGAAUGAAUUAUAACCUAAAAAGUAGAUUAUUUGCUCAACUAAUGAAAUAUGUAUUUUUUUACACUACGUUUUUGGAUCAAUAAAUGUGUUCAGUUUU